GAAUUCCUUUGCCACGUUCUCCCUUCCCUAGAAAUUCUUUAGUUUACCCCCAAAACUCUACAAGGAAACAUCUAACUUUCAAUUUUUAUUUCAGUUUUCGAAAAUAACUAUCAGAAUGUUUGAAUCGUUCAAUUGGAAUUCGGGACUAGAUCUGAAGAAUUAUCGUGAUAUAAAGCAACGUGUAAUGAAAAAAAUCGGGGAUCUGGAGCGCAGGGGAGUCAUUUGGGGUCGUCUCAUUGGCAUCGAAGAUGGCAAGGACGAUCCUUUUUUUCGAUUCAUGAGGGAGAACGCCUGAGUCGGUUCACAAAAUUAUAAUAAUGUACAUUUAUAAGUUACUUUAACGCAAGACAAGAAUAUACUCGUUCAAUAAACAAAAUGCAUUAUCAUGCGUAAA